UAUCCUCCAAUGAACUCCCCAACAUAUCAACGUCAGGUUCGCCGGCAGCCAGAGACACCGAAUCGCACAGAGGUGGAGCUAUGAGAGAGACAGAGAACACCGCGUCGCGGUCGCUGUCGAGGAAUACACUAUCGCAAGUCAUCCACUCUCGUAGCUGUCAACUUCUCCAGCCGCCAUAGACGUCAGAUCUCGCAGAGGUGGAACCAUGAGCGUGAAGGAGGACAGAAUGCCGCGAACAUUGCUGGAGAAUCCGCUCUUUCGAGCUCGCGCAGAAGCGGAACCGUCUCGCGUGAUGGAGAACAGUGUGCCGCGGACAUUGCUGCUGAACCCGCUCGUUCGAGCUUACCGAGGAGGAUACCUCGCAAUUCAAUGUCCUCAUCGUUGUCAUCUUCGAUGACCCGGAAGCGGAGCACGGGGUGGACGAAUCACGAAUAGGAGACAAUCGGCGCCGGGCAUCGAAGAGGGAGACGUUAGGGCUUUUUUUGGAAAGUUCAUGUAGUUGGUAGGGACGAUCUCAGUAAUUUUAACAAAUGAGAGGUUUAUGAUAUAGUUCAUCUGUGGGGAUUUCCGGAAAAUGGGCAUUGCCGAAAAUUAGCAGCGAAUUCUGCCUUGUUUAAAACUCACACUCUCUCUCAUGUUUCUUUUUCCCACUGCAGCCGCCUGCGUCCUCCCCUCUCCCUCUCUCCUGAAUUUUCGCCACAGGGCUUCACGGCGCCCCGUCCUUCAUCGUCGACGCCUCGUCCUUAGCAAUCUCUGUCUCCGGCGACUCCGUCCGCGAGACCUUCCUUUCUCCGCUGGAUCUGUCGCUGCCGCCAGUCGCCCUAGCUGCUGCUCUUAACCUAAAUUCCGUCCGAUUAUCUGUCGCACAUGCAGCAACAGAGAAGAUCUGAACCCAUCGGGUGAGCAGAACAGGGCAUUUUUUUCUCACGCACAUCAGAUGCCCGGUGAAAGUUCACAUCGCUCUAAGUUUGUUUGAAUGGCUAAUAGCAAGUACGAGUAUGUGAAGAAGUUUGAAGCUGACGACAGAUUGCCUCCUUCCAAUUGGAUUGUUGUCAGAAUUGAUGGUUGUCAUUUUCACAGGUUUUCUGCAGAACAUGCAUUUGAAAAGCCCAAUGAUGAGAAUGCCUUAAACUUAAUGAAUGUGUGUGCUGUUUCGAUGCUAGAACAAUUUCCAGAAAUUGUGUUCGCUUAUGGUGUCAGUGAUGAAUACAGUUUUAUAUGGAGGGAAAACACUCAAUUUUACCAAAGACGAGCAAGCAAAUUGCUUUCACACUGUGUAUCCUAUUUCACAUCUAUGUAUGUGAUGAAAUGGAAGGAAUUCUUUCCCCACAAGGAGCUGAAAGGACCCCCAUAUUUUGAUGGACGAGUUGUAUGUUACCCAAGAGCAAAAAUGAUCAGAGACUAUCUGGCAUGGAGGCAGGUUGACUGUCACAUCAACAAUCAAUACAAUACAUGUUUUUGGAUGUUGGUUAAGUCAGGAAAGACACAAAAGGAAGCACAAGAAUAUCUCAAGGGCACGCAAGCAAAAGAUAAGAAUGAGCUGCUUUUUCAACAGUUCAAUAUUAAUUAUGAUAAGCUACCUCAAAUGUUCCGAAAAGGAUCUUGUAUUUAUAGAGAAAAGGUGGAAGAAAUAGUGAAGGAAGAUGGCAAUGCCAAUGGCGUCACGAGAACUCGAAACAAAGUGGUUCUGGGGCACAUGGACAUUAUAGGCCCCAAUUUUUGGAUCCAACACCCUUAUAUUCUCCAAGAGGAUUAGUGCUAAAAAAAUUAACAGAAUUGAACCUGCAAGACAUUUUUAUGACCAAUUUGUUUGGUAUGCAUCAUGAUUUUAAGGAGUAGCUGAAUGCUGCUCUGCAGUUUAGACGGAUUUGAUGCAGAUCAAGUGGUUGCAUAUCAGUUGAAAAAAGAAUUUAUAGUUGAUCCAUUCAAAUCUGUUCAGAUUAAAGAGAUUUAAAAUCCUAAGGUACCCCUUUUGGUUAUUUAAAAUUUGUAAUUGUCUGCAGAUUAGCUUGCUUAUUUAAAAUCUGCCAGAUUAGCUUAUCACGUUUGAGAAGUUGUAGAUUGUUUAUUUGUUCUUUGCAGGAUAGCGUUUUCCAUACUUUUUAGCCUGCUGCUUUGCUUACUAUAAAAAAUGUUUGUUGAUUAAACAUGGAGACUUUCCAAUUCAUUUAUAUAUUAUAUUUGAAAGAAUA